GGUGGCACGCCCAAGAUCGACCACCGAGUCGGGCCAGACUCGAUGAUCAAAGCAAUUACCAGCCUAGGGGGAACUAGGAAUGCACAUGUAUCUCAAAACGCUCUUCCGAAACCUCGCACAACGUUCUUCAGUUCACACAAUAGAGCGGCCAUGUAGCUCGAGAGGAACUUGACAAGAAUUUUGAGGAAAUGGGUUGGAGAUUCUCUGAGGAGGGAAAUCAUUAGGUUAGUGCAUGUAAAGAAACCUGAUCUGAAAGACUGUGGAAAAGUGCUUCCAAGUCACGUCCAAUUAUAUCCUCCCCAGCUUUUCUUAUGCAUCGAGGAACAGCACACCCACACCCACUUACGCAUCCUUCCAUGACUAUAAAAAGACUUUGCUCAACUAUGUCGUUUAAUCUCAUCCUUGCGAUCGAGGUCCAGCAUCAUGUGGGCCUUUAUGUCGCUCCUACUUACAGGUGUCGCCCAAGCAGCUAUCCCUAAUGCCAUGCUUCGUGGCAUGCAUUCUCUCCCAAAACUCUCUGUGUCUGAACGUUCCCGCACUUCAUUGAAUGGCACAGCGCUCCCACCCAUUACGACCGUUUAUCACUUUGACCAGCUCAUAGACCACAAUGACGCAGGGCUCGGAACUUUCCAGCAGCGGUACUGGAUGAACUGGGAGUUCUAUGAGCCUGGUGGACCCAUUGUCUUGAUGACGCCUGGAGAAGGUAACGCAGAUGGCUACGAGGCCUACACUACCAAUGAGACCAUCAACGGUCUUAUUACUCAACAACAGAAUGGUGCAGCCAUCAUCAUCGAACACCGUUUCUUUGGUUAUUCCAAUCCAUACAAUAACCUCACGUCACAAUCUCUCGCGCUCCUCACCAUCCAGCAGGCCAUUGAUGAUCUCGUGUAUUUUGCGACCACAGCCAACCUUCCCAUGCCUGGGGGUGAUGCUGUAAAGCCAGGUCAAGCGCCGUGGAUACUGAUCGGAGGAAGCUAUUCAGGGGCCCUCACGAGUUGGACAAUGGUCAACAAACCGGGAAUUUUCUGGGCUGGAUAUGCAUCUUCUGGCGUCGUAGAGGCAAUCACGCAACACAUGCCACAGAAUUGUUCCUCUGACGUGGAAGCAGUGAUCUCCUACCUGGAUGACAUGUACGCGGUUAGCGACACCGCUGGAAUACAGACGCUCAAGGAGACAUUUGGCCUCGGCGAUAUUGUACACGUAGUGGAUUUCGCCGCUGCACUUCAGUCCAACCUGUUCGAUUGGCAAUCUUUGCAGCCUGACGUCGGCCCAGGAGCAAUAUUCUUCGAGUUCUGCGAUGCACUUGAAGUCAAGGAUGGCGUGAGCGCCGGACCGCAGGGAUGGGGACUUGAUAAUGCUAUCUACUCUUGGGGUAACUUCUGGAAUACCACAUACUACAACAACGUCUGUGGAGACGAGAAUGCUGAAACCUGUCUUGGGACGUAUAACACGAGCCAGCCAUACUGGACUAAUGUCACCGUGAAUAAUGCAAACAGGUCGUGGUUCUGGAUGGUGUGCAACCAAGUCGGAUGGUAUCAGGUUGGCCCUCCCGAGUGCGAGCCUGCCAUCGUGAGCCGCAUCCUCCAACCUACUUACGACCAGCGUCAAUGCGUCAACAUGUUCCCUGAAGCAUUCACCUGUCCACCUCAGCCUACUACGGCAGAGACGAACGCAAUGUACGCUGGUUGGGACGUGGAUAUCCCACGUCUCUUCUUCGCUAAUGGCCUGCGUGACCCUUGGCGCGAGGCAACUGUCUCUGCUUAUGGGCUCGAUAAGCCCAACACUACCAGCAGGCCAAUCUAUGAAGGCAAUGGGUUCCACUGUACGGAGUUGAUGGUACGGAAUGGCAUUGUAGACACGACAGUCGCGGCCGUGCAGGAAGCAGGACUGAUGUACAUGAAGGAGUGGCUUGCUGAGUGGAAACCUUCUGUUUGAUGGCUCGCCAUAGAUCUCAUGGACGGGUGGGUGUUUGGUCGUAACUUAUACAUUCUAGGUUAUGAUGAACGUCUGGUGCUGCCAGUGAUUCCUUCCGAAGAAUGAGAAUGCGACACUCUUCACAUCGAAAGUCUCAAUUAAUUGGUUUUAUUUAUUUUCUGUGUUACAUA